AUGGCUUCAGAAAUCACUUACGCAGAAGUGAAGUUCAAGAAUGAAUCCAACUCCUUGCGCACCUACUCAGAAUCUCCUGCAGCUCCUAGAGAGAAACCUAUCCAUGAUCUAAGUAAGCCUGGUUCCCCCUCACUGCUUUUUACAUCCCUGAUGGUACUUCUCCUGCUGCUGGCAAUCACAUUCUUAGUUGCUUUUAUCAUUUAUUUUCAAAAGUACUCUCAACUUCUUGGAGAAAAAAAAGCUGCAAGAAAUAUAGCUCACAAUGAAUUGAACUGCACAAAAAGUGUUUUGCCCAUGGAAGGUAAGAACACCACCAUUGGACAAAGGGCCCUGACAUUAGAGUUAAUUGAGGUAGACUUGAGUAUCUUGGCACCUGAAGACAAAGUCUGGAGCUGUUGCCCAAAGGAUUGGAAGCUAUUUGGUUCCCAUUGCUACUUGGUUCCCACAGUUACUUCAUCAGCAUCUUGGAACAAGAGUGAGGAGAACUGCUCCAGAAUGGGUGCUCAUCUAGUGGUGAUUCAAAGCCAGGAAGAGCAGGAUUACAUCACUGGGAUCCUGGACACUCAUGCUGCCUAUUUUAUAGGGUUGUGGGAUACAGGCCAUCAACAAUGGCAAUGGGUUGAUCAGACACCAUAUGAAGAAAGUGUCACAUUCUGGCACAUAGAUGAGCCCGACUAUAAAAAAUGUGUUAUAUUAGAUCGUCAUUAG